CAUAUUUCCUAUUGGCUGAUGAAACAUGACGCCGAGUGGGCAAACAAGGAAAUGAAAACGACGCAUUUACAGGUUUUGUUUUCGAUUUACUGGACCGAAGUGCAGACCUGUUACAGUUUUACCCAUUAGUUUUAACAGACACAAUGGGUGACCUUCCUGUAAACCUGGUUUUGAUUGGUGUCGGGUCCAGCUUUGCCUUCUCUGGCCUGUUUUAUCAUUUAUACCAAGAAAAGAAAAAAGAGUUGAAAAAGCUGAAGGAAAUACCCAUUUUCAAACCAGACCAACAUCUGGUCCGAGUACUGAGAGCAUCUCCCCACAAGCGACUUCAGUAUGUCGCGAUAGAAGGUUUGGUCCAGGCAGACGGGGAGCCUCUGGCCAGCCGGUUUGUCCCACGAUGCUUUGGUGUGAUUCAGAAGCUAGCUGUGGAGGAACACUGGAAAUACUGGAACACUCUGACCAGGACAUGGAAUUCUCGGACAAUGAAUAGGAAGGAGACCAGCAACUCGGUGCCCUUCAGCCUGGUCAGCCCUGGAGCCUACAUCACUGACUUAUAUGUGAAGGUGCAGAACCCUUUGGAGGCCUCUGGGUGCUACCUGGAGAGGGUUUACUACAAAUUAAAACGUGCUGAGGAGGGCUUGGUGAACAUGGCGUUGCAGGGCCUCAGUGGGGAGAAACCUGUGGCAAUGGAGGAGAGCGAGGAGCUACUGCGGGUGGGGAGCCUCGUGACAGGGUUCGGGGAGGUGGUGCUGGAGGGAAGCCAGGUGAUGAGGCUGCAGGCACCACAGGACGGCCGCAAGUACAUCCUGGUGCCCACUGACUACAGGAGCUUUAUGGACAGACAUGAGAGUUCAGCCAGCAUGUGGAAGACGCUGACUGCCGUCACUGGCCUCACAGGGGCUUCUCUUCUAGCCGGGGUUAUUUACAACUUAGUCGGAAAAAAGGAUGACAGAUCGAAGUAGGCUUGAAGAGGAGGAUCCUGCAGGUUCGACGACUGCAAAAGCCGUGUCGCAGGUUUUUGGGCGUCUCAAAACUGCUUCAGGUGUUUUGUCAACUCAGCUUUACAGAUUCCAUAGCACGGUCACUGCUGCGACGUAUUUUCUUGUCAUGUUGUAACUAUGGUGGACGUGAGGGGCAAAACACAACAACAUUGGCCUAUACACUGUUAUAUAAUAGAGAACUUAACAUUUUAAAAAACAUAUUAACAAAACAGAAAAAGGUAGAAAAAAUAUUUCCUGUUUGUGAUGACACAGAACCCAAGUCAAUAAUGUGUUUUCUGUAACAUUGUCUUGUUCAGUGUUGUAAUUUAUCUAAAUUUCUUAAUGCGUUUUGUCAAGGGUUGUUGUAUUUUGCCCCUUGGGACCACCAUACCAAACGGUCCACUUCAGAGAAUUGUUACAACUUCUCAAACCUUUGAAUGUUUUUGAAAGUCUCUGUCAUACCCAAACCCUACACCUGAUGAUGCGAGCACAGACCGGCUAUUUCACUAGGCCAUAAAGGUUAGUGAUGGAACAACUCAGAGCAGCGUGCAAUCAAUGCAGAGUAUGAUUUAUUAACUUUAGAAGUUAAAAAAAAAAAAAAAAAAAUCAAUGCUACUUUAUCAAGGGAAUAUUUUAUUUUUGUAAUGACUGUCUUUUUUUUAAAUAUAAUUUUACAUAAGGGCUUUUAAUUUAAGGAGUUGUCAAAAAUCUAAUCAAGCUUUUAUUUUGAUGAUCUCUUUGCUAUUACUUUUCCAUACAAGGCUUUUACUGUAAAUCUGUUCAGAGAAAUAAUCCUCAAUCCGAGAUUCCAGUCCAGACAGGAUGGUGUGAAAUCCAAAUUUACUUUGAUUAAGACCAUAUCAAUUUAGUUACUAAUCUUCUACCUCUCAAAUCAUUGUUUUUACUCUUUUGUUUUAUAAGCUGCACUCAUUCUUCAGUUUGUAGAAAAACGGGCACCAAACAGUUGUAAACAAUUUUUUUUUUUAAAGAUGGUGGUUUUAGUUGCAUGUGUAAUAAUAAUAA